AUGAUCAUUCCAAUCCGUUGCUUUUCAUGUGGUAAAGUUGUAGGAGACAAGUGGGAAACCUAUCUUGAGUACUUGCAGGAUGAGACUAUGACAGAAGGAGAUGCGUUGGACAAGUUAAAGUUGAAGAGAUACUGUUGCCGAAGAAUGGUGUUGACCCAUGUCGACUUGAUUGAAAAGUUUUUGAGGUAUAAUCCUUUGGAAAAGAAGGAAAUUAACUAA